UGCAUUUUAAUGCAGUAAGAUAAUAUCAAUUUCUUAAUAGAUUUAUUCCUAUGAUGCUCUCCCAAAGGCAUCCCACCUCUGAUUUGAAUGUUAUGGUAGUUGUUUUUUUUUCUGUCACAGGUUUGAAACAACAUUCACACACCCAUUUAAGGUAGCUUGACCAUUUCCACAAUGCAUCAACCACUCUAUAACCUCCCCAUGUGUGUAAAAGACCUGUUCAAUCAACUUCAGAAAGACACCCACUACAAAGUCUCAGUGCCAUUCACAGUCUUUUACAAGAAUGGAGCUUCAAGUAAAGCCCACCCUCAUUAUCACUUUCUUCCUCACCAUCCUCAUUCAUUCACGCCUGGUCCACCCCCGCAACCUAGCAGGCUCCCCAUCACCUGCAGUACCGGUCAAUGGCGAGCCAAUCGGCAUGGAGAAAAACCUGUUCGAACGAGGAAGUGAAAAGGCAAGGCGGGGAUCGUUUCCGGCUCGCUGCCACUCAAAGUGCAACCAAUGCAUGCCCUGCAUGCCAGUUGAAGUGACAGUCCGGGUAGAAGAGCAGGAAGAGAAUGAGUACUAUCCCCAAGUGUGGAGAUGUAUGUGCCAUGACACAAUGUUCUCACCCUAGUAAUAAGAACCCAUCCAAUUCACAUGGAAUUCUUUUACCUGAUUUGUGAGUCACUUCUGUUGAUUCUUCAAUCAUCAUUAGUAUAUAGGCUUGAUAUAUAUCUCUCCCAAGGGAAAAUAUUUCACUCAAAUUUUAGCAUUUCUACAUCAGAUUUUCUCUGCACUACAG